GCUUAAACUAAAAUAAACUUGAUCUUAAUUAGAUAUAACUCAUUAUUUUUAGUCCGUUUUAUUUCUCGCGUUAUCCGCAUACAGAAAUGAUUAGUUCUUUCGUUAUAAUUUCAGUAGCCUUCGUACUAUUUGGGCAGGGACUUUACUUACCGCAAGAUAAACUUCAAAAAAAGCCCGAUGCAGCCGAAGAAAUUCAACACGCUAUAUGUAAAAUUGCUUCGAAAGAUUUAGAAGCUACUGCUAAUGCGACUAUAUUUAGAGAAUUGAAAGGCGUAUGCACGUCAAACGAAUUGGAAGCUCGUUUGAACCAUAUAGAAAACAUCUUCGUACAACAAAUAGAGAGUAUUAAGAACAUCCUCGUAUCAAACGGAUUUGAAAUCCCCCAAGUAGAAACUGCUACAAACGAAAAGCAGGAAUCUCCUGAGACUCUUCAUUACAUAUCAACCCCUCCUGUAAUUAGUUAUAGAUCCUCGUCUUCGGAAUUUGGCAAUAAUGGGUACUUUAACGAUGAACUUCACCAGCCCACAGUCGAGCAGGAGAACCAUAAAUUAACAGGAGAAACGACAUCUUCGAGAGAAGAAGAAAUCAUAAAAUACAACAACACUGUAAUAGAAACUGGUGCUGGAAAAACGUAUAUUUACUAUUGGAAAAUCCGGAACGUAGACGAAUUACUACGCAAGAAAAACAUGUACGUCUCCAGCCAGGAGUUUUCCGUACUAGGGCACAAUCUUCACCUGCAACUGUACCCGAAUCACCUCGAUAGCGAAUCUUUCGCAGUCCGUUUGGCCGUUUCCACGAAAGGUUUCGUGAAAAAACACAGGAUUUAUUUGCUGAGCAACUCGGAGCGUGCUGAUGUCGAUUCGGGGCUGUUGCUGGGAUUCAAAGGCGCUGAUAUGUUUGUGAUUGAUGAGGAAACGGCUCGAUUAUACGGGUAUAUUAAGGGAAAUUGUAUGACUGUGAAAAUUGAAAUUAUGUUGAAUUCGUAGUUGAUGUGAGGAUUUGUUUUGGUGUUUUUUUUUUAAUUAAUUAGAGUAUAUUGAAAGGUUGGAAAGGUUGCUUUUAUUCCUUCUGGGGGUUUAGACUUUUAACAGAAUAGCACAAGGUUGAUUAAUUUGAUAUUGCCUUGAUAGUGUAAGGGAAUGGAAAUUUUGUUGAAUUCGUAGUUAAUGUAGGGUUUUAUAAUUAGUUAGAGGAUAUUGGAAGGUUGGAAGGUUCGUUUUAGUCCCUCUGAG